AUGAGGAUUUCAUUCAGUGACGAUGAGGAUGAAGAGUUGGCACAACCGGUCGAUUACUCUCACAUUCUACAAACCACCCCGUCCACGUCGCAAAAAGCUCCCGUUACAGAACCCGUUGAUGAGACAUUUGCAUUUCUCCUUCAGGCUCGACAAAGAAAUCGAGAUGACAUUCUCAUGAAUAUGGCAUCACCUCCAAAAGUUGCCGAUCCGUUCUCUCUGCUGUCACAAGAAAAUUCAACUCCUCCAACAAAAUCGUCUUUAAGAGAGUGGCUGGAUAAUGCUGAAAAUGCUCCGAUUACAACCACACCUGUUUACUCUUGCAAGACGCCCAAAUCCCGAACUCCACUCUCCGUACUCAUGCAUCGAGAACGGCGCCUAAACGAGAUCAGAAAUGAAGAAAAUCCGGAUCCCGAUUUCGAGCCAGUUUCAUAUCGACAGAUGAGGAGACAAAUCCAGAAAAAGUUGGAGGCAAAAGAAGGACUCGAGGAUUGUUUGUCAACAACUCCAAGUAGAGAAUUCAGGAGGCGACAAGAAGCCUUUGUUAUUGAUGAUGGUGACGAAGAAGACGACUUGCCGCUCUCCGAUAUUAAAUCAAAAUUAAGGAUUCACAAUAGAAAGAUUGAUGAGUCUUCGAACGGCACGGAAGGCAACGAUAAGAAAAGCGAGGACAAUGAUGUAACUGUAGCCGCGGAGUCAACGAAAUCAUCUCAACUACAAACGACAGAAGCUCAAAGUAAUCCUUCGUCAAAUGCCGAAGCUGAAUUGCUUGAAGAACAGCAACAAAAAGUGGAAGUUGUUGAUAAUAGUAUUCCGUUGGAGGAUCUCGAUUUGAUUGAUGAGCUCCCACCGACACAAGAUGAAGAUGAUUUACCGCUCUCCGAAUUACUUCGACGACAAUCUUACAAGAAAAAAGAAGGGAAUACAAGUUGCACAUCUUCCAUCGUAGUCCGCAGUGAUGCAUCAUCGGAGAAGCUAAAAGAAGAAAUAGAGGAAAAGAAUCCAAGCUGCUCUUCAUCUUCAUCAAAAAGCUAUUCUAGACCUUCGUCGGUCAUCAUUAUCAAUGAUGAAACGUCGGAUACCAAAAAGUGGAGCAAUGAAAAGGAAACGAAAUCAGCACAAAAUAAUACAACUUCAACCAUUGUGCUCGAUGAUGAUGAUUUACCCUUAUCGAAAGUGAGAGAGAAUCUUCGAAAAAGGCAUGGAACGGAAAGCAGCACGUGGUCUCAAGUAAUGACCGAUGUUGAUUUAUUCGAUGACGAAGGAGAGGAUACGGAAAAUGAUAACGUCGCUUUGGUGUCUCAAAGCUCUGCUUGCACUCCCAAACGCGUGAAUCCUUCCAGUUCGUCUUCAACGGAAAAUACCGUAAAAGCUUCUCCAGCAAGCAGUCUUUUAACAGCUCGGAAUACGCCUCUACGUGAAAAAAGAUCUGCUCAGAAGUCGCCCUUUGUUGAAACGCCAAAAACGACGCGAACGUUAAGGAAACGCAAGCUGGAGCUACGCUAUUAUUCAAGUGAUGAGGAGGAACAACGUUUAUAUGGUACAAAACGAAAUGAAAAUCAAAGUUUGACUCCGUCGCGGCAAGGAAGCGCAAAGAGAAGUCGAAACGCGCCAAAUACACCGAGUGAAAGCACGACGCCAAAAAGAAGUGUCUCCUCGCGGACCCCCACGAGUCGAACAGCAAAUGUCGUCCACUUUUUUGAUUCAAACGUGGAUAUCAAUGAGGAUGAC